AUGGGGCUGCUGGCGGCCCUGUGCCGGGUCCUGUUGCUUUGCGUGCUCAACCUUGGUCAGUGCCUUGCCAAGGGGCCCUGUGGCCCAGGCCGCUACCUGAAUGGGACAGGGACCAACUUGAGGUGCUGCAGCCCUAGUUCCCCAGGCAAGGCCUAUGCUAUAAAGGAUUGUGAGUGUGUCCAGCCGGAGUAUCACUGUGGUGACCCUGAAUGCCAGACCUGCAAAUACCACCCCUGCCCACCAGGCACAGAGGCACAGCCUGAAGGGAAGCUCAAGUAUGGCUUCACGUGUGUCAGCUGUGCUGUGGGGACCUUUUCCCAGGACCAUCAGGGCCGCUGCAGACCUUGGGCAGACUGUAGCCAGUUUGGGUUUCUCACCAUGUUCCCUGGAAACAAGACCCACAACGCAGUGUGCCUCCCUGGGCCACUGCCCACAGAGCCACACAGCCAGCUGACCACUGUCCUCCUUGCCAUGGCCUCUUGCAUCCUUGUCCUGACCACUAUCCAGCUGGGCUUGCACAUCUGGCAGCUGAGGCGGCAGUUCAUGUGGCCCCAAGAGACUCAACCACUCCUGGAGAUGCUGCCACCACCUGCUGAGGACACCUACAGCUGCCAGUUUCCUGAGGAGGAGCGGGGGGAGCGGCUGGAGGAAAAGGGCCAGCUGGGGAACCAGUGGGUUCGUGGGAGAGCGACCCUGGUCUGAAGAGAGGCCAUGUCUGCUGUGCUGGGCAGGGUGGCGUGAGCCCCCUGUGGCCUGAGGAGCAAUUGAGAGGGGCCCCCAGAGGCUAUGACGCAGAUGCCCCCUGUUGCCCAGACAUCAUCCACCCAGGACAGCACCUUGAAGUUCUCAUCAAUCAAGAAAUCACAGCCAAUGAGGUCGAAGUAACCCAGCUUUCGCUCCAGCUUGGACUUGACUGCCAGGAAGCAGUGGGUCAUGAUCUGCUGCAUCCGCCUCUGUGGGUGAGGUG